AUGUCAGAGAUACAGUCAAUAGACAUAAGUGAUUUAUCACACGAUCCAGGCAGUUUAAGACACAGAGAAACUUCAAUAGCUCAAGAACUCAUCUCAUAUGAAAGUAAUGUUGACGAACUUACAGAUAGUAUAGUACUUAACAAUGACACAUCUGAGCUCAAAAUGGCGCCAGAAUAUAAGCAUUGGAUUCACAGAAUUCCAAGAGUUGGUAAAGGUAUUUACGUGGAUUUAUGUGAUCGACUUCCAUACUAUAAACAAGACUGGUUGGAUGCAUGGGAUUAUAGAAUCAUCCCGUCUUUAUUGGAAACAUAUUUUAAUAAUUUACUACCUGCUAUCGCAUUUGCUCAAGACAUGUUUGAUAGAACAGAUAACUCAUAUGGUGUUAAUGAAAUAUUAUUAUCUAGUGCUCUUGGUGGUAUCGUCUUUGGUAUUUUAUCUGGACAACCUUUAUGCAUUGUUGGAGUGACUGGACCAAUAUCAAUAUUUCACUACACUGUCUAUGACAUCAUAAAACCGUUGAAUACAAAUUAUUUUGGGUUCAUGUUUUGGGUCGAUCUUUGGGCAUUUAUUUUACAUCUUAUAUUGGCACUUACAAAUAUGGUUUCUCUUUUGCAGUAUGUCACCACUUUCCCCUGUGACAUUUUUGGUUUAUUCAUCAAUAUUGUAUAUAUCGAGAAGGGAAUACAGACUUUGAUAAGACAAUUUCAUACAGAAGACACCUCAUAUAAUGAACAUUUAAUAUCAGGAUUCGCAUCUGUAAUGGUAGCAUUAUUAAUGUCCAUUUUUGGACUGUUUUUCAAAGAGUUCUAUAAAUUCAACUAUUUACCCCAUAAAUUGAGAAAAUUCAUUUCAGAUUAUUCAACAGCUUUAUCUGUUGUGUUUUGGUCUGGGUUUGUACAUUUUGGUGGAUAUUUAAAUGAUGUUAAAUUUCAAUUUUUACCAAUCACUAAAUCAUUUUUUCCCACUACAGAUAUGGGUAGAGCUUCCAAGACAUGGUUGGCAUAUAAAACAAUUUCUACAAAGAAUAUAUUUAUUGCAUUACCAUUUGGAAUCAUCUUAACGAUUUUAUUUUAUUUUGAUCACAACGUUUCAUCAUUAAUGGCACAAAAAGCUCAAUAUAGAUUAACUAAACCAUCAUCAUUCCAUUAUGAUUUUCUAUUGUUAGGUGUAACUACUGUAGUAGCAGGUGCCCUCGGUAUACCACCUCCCAAUGGGUUAAUUCCACAGGCUCCUUUACAUACAGAAUCAUUAUUAGUUUUAGACGAAAAUAAUCAUGUAGUAAGGUGCGUUGAGCAAAGAGUAACUAAUACUGUCCAGGGAUUAUUAAUGAUAGCUACAAUGGCAAGACCUUUUUUAAUUUGUUUGGGAAAAAUUCCACAAACUGUUUUAGCAGGUCUAUUUUUUAUAAUGGGGAUACAAGGACUUAUUGAUAAUGCAAUAAUAUCCAGAAUCCUGUGGCUUUUCCUUGAUCCAACUAUUAAAAGUAAUGAAACUUCACCUAACCCUAUAUCAAAGGUCCCACUGAGAUCACUAUUAAUCUUUAUCGCUUUUAGCUUAGCUGGGUUUAUUGGUGAAUUUGCCAUUACUAAUACUAUAGCCGCUAUCGGAUUUCCAUUGGUGCUAUUAUUAACAGUGAUUAUAUCAUUUCUGUUUCCCAAGAUUUUCACUGAAGAAGAACUAGAGAUAUUAGACCCACCAGUAGCUCAAAGGUUUACUAUAAAAAAUCUGUUAUUUGAGAAUUUAUGUAAUGAUUCCUCAUCUAUUAUGGAAGAAAAGGAUUUCACAAGUUAUGAUAUCCAUAAUUCGCCCUUUGGUUAUCAUAGCUCAUGUGCAGACAAAGAAAAUGAUAGCAAUACAAUAAUACAUUCCACAGUUCAUAGUACUCAUAGCAAGCACAAUUUUUUUACUAAUACUAUAUCAGCAGCCUCUAUAUCAAAUAAUAAUCCACAUAGUGAAUCAGUAUCUCCAAUACCCAAGUCACAAGCAAAUAUUUCUAUUCAUAACUUGGAAUAG